UUAGAUUUCUGGUUAGAGUUGUGUGUGACAACUUGUAUAAUGGCAGAUACCUAUGCAAAUGGUGACUUCGUAAGGCUAAAAUAUAACAAACAGCCAACCUCAGUUGAUGAAGCAGACCAGUGCAUUUAUGGAAACAGUGAUGACCUGGACUUGGAUCCAAAGACAAAAGACAUUGCAGGUGCCUCUCAAUAUGCAUCUGAACACACAUUUUCAUCUAGGAAAGAGAAAGACCAGUCCUGUAAGGCAGUUCUUCUUGCUGUCCUUAGUGUCUCUCUGCUCGUGGCUCUGUGUGUUCUGGGAAUUCUCUAUUCCCAACUACUGAGGUCAUCUGAUUUGUUAAAAGAGCAGAACAGAAAUGCUGCAGCCGACUUUGAAAUACAGCAGCAGAUUCCCACAGACAGCACAUUUGAAAGAAGAAAGUACUACUAUUUCUCUUCAGAAAAACUCAACUGGAUGGAAAGUCGAGAUUACUGUACGAGAACUGGAGGUCAGCUGGUCACAAUAACAGGCAAAGGGGAUCAGUAUAAUUUGGCCUCAAAGCUGAAAGAGCCACAUUGGAUUGGACUACAUGAUUUGUACACUGAAGGACACUGGAUGUGGGUGGACAACACAACUCUCACAGGAGAAACGUUCUGGCAUAAAAGGACAGCUGGUCUAUCUGAACCUGAUAACUGGACACAGGAGGACUCCGAAGGAGAAGACUGUGCUUUUCUGGAAACUAAGAGUGAAUGGUUUGAUGCUCAAUGCUCAAAACUAAAAAAGUUCAUCUGUGAAAAGUAAAGCUGAUAGCAUGGUACUCUAUACCAUUCAAAAGAUUAGGAUCAAUAAGAUUUUUUUACGGACAAAUAAAUGUUUUUGUUUUGUACUUUCUAUUCUCCAAAGAAUGAUGAAAAAUGUAGCACAGUUUCCAGAAAUAUAUGAUGUGUCACAACUGUUUCUCAAGCAGUGUAUUGGAAUGAUUUCUGAAGGAUCAUGUGACAUUGAAGACUGGACCAAUUACACGUAUAAAUAUAUUACAAUAGAAAAGUUAUUUUUAUUGAAAAUAAUGUUUCACAAUAUUAUUGAACUCUUUUAGAAACAUUUAAAAAAUCUCAUUGACCAAUAUUUCAGUCAUAUACCAAUUUUCAGCUGUUUUGCCAUAUCAGAACAUCUUUGAAGAAAAUGAACUGCCUAUUUUCGAUUUUUAGAAUCAUUUACAAAACUAAAAAUCAACAUUUGCAUAGACUUAAUUCUUGUUUCAACAUUCAGCAAAAAAGAAAUGUUUAAUUGACUAAAUGGUUCCAUAAAGAAUCUUUUAAAUAUUUUCCAGAUUAUA